AGGAAUUGUACAAUAUUAUCAACGGACGUUUCUGGUUAGGUUCGAAGGACUUUACUCAUCGUAGGGGGAAUCUGUGGGCGUGUGUUGUGACGACGAAUCAAUAUUGUUAUUCAUUUAAAUCAUGGAUUCAAAUUAUAUGAACAAUUAUUUUAUGUAGUGUUUGUUGCGAGCUCAUUAUUAAAAUGGAUUAUCACCAUAGUCUUUUGCGGUUAACGUCAACUGAAGACCUUGAAAACGCCGAAGACUUCAAUGAUAUGCUGGUUCAAAUUGUGGAAAAUGUCCAUCAAAUUCUACCAGAAAACGUCAUUGAUGAAAUUCAAAAGACUUUUGGAAGGAACAACAAUCCGAGGGAAGCGUACUUGAAGACACUAUUGUAUUGUCUCAAUGGUGUUCGAAAGUCCAUACCACUCGAUAGCAACACCUUCCUGGGAGUCAACCAAUUUCGUUCCGUGAAAAUUAGUAUCGAAAUUGUAAUAUCAAUGAUGAUACCUUGCCUCCUGCCAGGGGUUGGAAUUGGCAUACAACAUUUAUGCCCUCGAGCAGCUAAAUUACCUGUCGAAGAUCUCACAGAUCUAGAGAAAUAUGACCGUUUAUCUGCAACAGUACAAACGAUUGCUGAUUGUUUUGAUGAGACAACAAUGCGUCCAGCAGUUUUACUGCAACUUGGGCCAUUGCUUGCAGCUUUUUUACAAUUAUCAUUUGCACCUCUGAUGAAGCCUUGUACCGAGAACAAACAAUUCUCAGAUAACGCUUCUGCGUCAGUGAAAUUUAGUAUGUCGGUAGAUCUGUAUAAUAAGUUAAAAGAAGAGCAGGCACAGUUCAAAGCAAGGCUUACAUCAAUGAUUGAUAAAGCACCGCAAUCGAUUGUUAUUCGAGAAUUAAUGAUAAUUCUUGGAGUUCAAGGUGCUCCAAAGUGGCUACAAAGAGAAACCAGGAGACUCCUGGUCAACAGGAUUAUGAAACCAAAGGGUAUCGCAUCUCUAGUACUAUCCAUAUGUGAUAAUGGUAUAGAUUUAGGUGCUCAUUGGUCAAAAUUAGAUAUUAUUGCAAAAUUAAUCGCUGCUCCGCAAAGCCCCCAACCAGAGAUUUAUUACGAAUCCAUAUGCUCUCAGCUACUCGAUCUUCUGGAUUCUAAAGCGAGAGAUUCAUUGAUAGUAACCAACUGGUGCAUCAACGCACUCUAUGAGAAAAACACAACUAUUUUCAUUGAGAAAAUUCUUAAUCCUAUCUUGGGACCAUUAUUAAUUAAAACCGAAGAAUCUAAGCCAGUUACAAUACUGAAAACUGAGAUCGAAGUCACAAAGUGUAUCGAGAAUCUAUCGAAAUGUUUUAUCACCACUGGAGCUAAAUUCAAAUGUUUACCAAUUAAACUACUUUCUAUUGCCGCGUUUCCCCUUUUCCAAUUAUACAACAAAGCAUAUCGCACGGCUUAUUUGCAUAGAAAUACAAUUCGGCAGUUGCUGCUUUUACUUUUGAACGAAGAAUCGAUGCAGGAGAAUUUGUUCCUACAGUUUCUAGAUCCAGAAAACCGUUACACAAAACACCAUUUCGGUGAUCGAUUGACUUUCCAAUUUGGCUCCACUGGAGAAUUUGAAAUAUCAAGUGAGCCUGAAAGCCUUAGUUGCGAAGAACUUGGAGACUGCCUAUUGAAUUUAGUACAAUCUGAUCCAGCACUGUCUUACAAGUUGUUUUGUUAUUUAUUGAAAUCUCUAUCACGUCACGACAAAGAAUCUGUUGAUGAAAAAUCAAACGAGGUGCUGACGGGCAAUGACAGAGAUCUCCAAGAAAUGCGUGACAUAGAAAUCAAGUUGGUACGAACGAAGCUUCUAUCAAUUCUUGCCGAAACAUCUGCUAUUCAAGAGGCACAUAUCAAUAAGCCAGAACAAAUUGUAUCGUUCAUAAAAUCGUUGAUCAAAGAAAACUCUCAAAUCGAUAAAGUGAACGGAAAUGACAGCGGUACAGAAUUUAACAUAAUGUACAUUAGUUUGAUGUUGGUAAAAGUUAUACUCACGAGCAAACCAAAGUCAGCGAUAGAUUGGAAGCUGUUUAACGAGUUGAUGGUAUCCCUGAAUGAAAUGGAAUGCAAUGACUCGCAAUUAGAACUCUCGUCACUGUCCAAGGAGGUUGUAACUAUCAUAAAAACACAAGGUGCCUCUGCUCGACCACGUUACCAAGAUCUCUCACUAAGGAAUCAGGAGGCUACUGAAUUCGAUAAGGCGUUACGGGAUCUUGCUGAUCCACUGCUACCAGUUCGUGCCCAUGGCUUAAUGUCGCUCACAAAGUUAAUCGAACGCUCAGAUCCUGAUACUGUAGCCAAGAAGGAUGUAAUCUUGUGUCUUUUUCAAGAAAACCUCAAGCAUGAAGAUUCAUUCAUAUACUUAAGCGCUAUCAACGGAAUCUCUACUCUAGCUACAUCCUACCCCAAGACGGUUAUUGAGUUACUCGUGCAUGAAUUCAUCAAUGUAACGUCUAACAGCAAAGAUAGCAGCUUGUCACCUGAUACUCGAGCUAAGAUUGGAGAGGUUUUAGUCAGAGUGACUAGAUCCCUUGGUGAUCUCACACCAGCUUAUAAAAACAUAUUAAUAAAUGGAUUUCUCUGUGGUACCAGAGAUGUCGAUCCUUUGGUGCGAGCUUCUAGUCUAUCUUGUCUUGGAGAGCUUUGUAAAGUCCUGGGUUACCGUUUGGGAAAUAUAAUAACAGAGGUGAUUCUAUGCAUCGGAAGUAUAAUCAAGACAGAUAAAAUUCCAGAAUGUCGUAGAGCAGCUGUUUUAGUGGCAACUCUAAUGCUUCAAGGAUUAGGAAAAGCCGCUCUAGCCAGUCUAGGAAGCGAGUUACUUCCUCUCUAUCGAGCUCUAUUGAGUCUACGAAAAAAUGAUGAUGACCAAGUAUUGCGCCUCCACGCUCAGCUCGCCAUUGACGAACUAGAUGAUAUCGUACGUGACUUUCUUAUUUCAAAGCCAAGACUCGAAAACAGUAUAUUCAUGUUAAAACCAACGGUGUGAAUUUCAAUUCAUUCUCACAUGCAUUUGAUAAAAAAAAAAACAAAUGUACAGUAGACUAUGUGUAAAUUCAACAUUGAUAAGUGAUUUUUGAAUAAUAAAUUUUUAUAAUUAACAAA